UGCUGAAGAGCCUCCUGUGUGAUCCUCUGAGAUGCUCCCCGGUUCCUGCGCUCGCCUUCCCGUCCCCUCGAGCUCCAUGUGAGGACGGCGCACCCUGAGCAUCUUGAGCAUCCCGAGCAUCCAUCCUCUCAACUUGGUCUGGGAUCUAAAAUAAAGAGGGAAACCCAGAGGGAUCCGGAGCUCGUCUUUGGAUAAGGACCUUCGUCGCUUCCCCCCCUUCGCUGCAGCACUUCUUCACUUCGGGGAAGAUUUUUUUCCUACUCCCCCACCCCCGUUUCAGCUGGUUUUGUUAAUCCAGGUGGCCUUGUUUCUUGUUUUUGGAGAUUUGAAGGAGGAUUAUUCAAGUUUGAGUUGGUGUUAAGGAAGAUCUCCUCCUCCCCCCUCCCCGAAGGCUCGUUCUCAUGUUCUCCAUCCAGGACAGCCUCCCGCGGGGGGCUCUGACCAUGAAGGAAGAGCCCCUGAGCAGCGGCAUGACACCGGUCCGCUCGUGGAUGCAGAGCGCGGGGAUCCUGGACGCCAACACGGCGGCGCAGAGCGGCGUGGGCUUGGCUCGGGCCCACUACGAGAAGCAGCCCCCCUCCAACCUGCGCAAGUCCAACUUCUUCCACUUUGUACUGGCGCUGUACGACCGGCAGGGGCAGCCCGUCGAGAUCGAACGCACCUCCUACGUGGACUUCGUGGAGAAGGACAAAGAGUACAACGGCGAGAAGACCAACAAUGGGAUCCAUUACAGGCUACAGCUCCUCUACAGUAACGGUAUCAGGACAGAACAGGACCUGUAUGUGCGAUUGAUAGACUCCAUGACCAAACAGCCCAUCCUGUAUGAAGGGCAGGACAAGAACCCAGAAAUGUGCCGUGUUCUUCUCACACAUGAGAUCAUGUGCAGCCGGUGCUGUGACAAGAAGAGCUGUGGAAACAGGAACGAGACCCCAUCCGACCCGGUCAUCAUUGACAGAUUCUUCCUGAAGUUCUUCCUCAAGUGCAAUCAGAAUUGCUUGAAAAAUGCAGGGAACCCAAGAGACAUGCGGAGGUUUCAGGUGGUGGUGUCCACGACCGUCAAUGUGGACGGCCAUGUCCUUGCUGUCUCAGACAAUAUGUUUGUCCACAACAACUCCAAACAUGGGAGGCGGGCGCGGCGCCUCGACCCUUCUGAAGCAGCCACUCCCUGCAUCAAAGCCAUCAGCCCUAGUGAGGGUUGGACGACUGGAGGGGCCACCGUCAUCAUCAUCGGGGACAACUUCUUUGAUGGCUUGCAGGUUGUCUUUGGCACCAUGCUCGUGUGGAGCGAGCUCAUCACGCCCCAUGCCAUCCGAGUCCAGACACCCCCACGGCAUAUCCCAGGGGUCGUGGAGGUUACGCUUUCCUACAAGUCCAAGCAGUUUUGCAAAGGCGCUCCAGGCCGCUUUGUGUACACAGCCCUGAACGAACCCACCAUUGACUAUGGCUUCCAGAGGUUACAGAAGGUCAUCCCCAGGCACCCUGGAGACCCUGAGAGAUUACCCAAGGAGGUGCUGUUGAAGAGGGCAGCUGACCUGGUGGAAGCCCUGUACGGGAUGCCCCACAACAACCAGGAGAUCAUCCUGAAGCGAGCAGCUGACCUGACAGAGGCUCUCUACAGCGUCCCUCGCAGCCACAACCAGCUGCCCUCCCUUACCGGCUCGGCCGCCCACUCUGGCAUGAUGGGGGUGAACUCUUUUGGUGGCCAGCUGGCUGUGAACAUCUCUGAGGCCUCCCAGGGUGACCAGGGUUACUCCCGGAACUCCAAUAGUGUCUCUCCCCGUGGAUACGCGCCCAGCUCCACACCCCAGCAGUCCAACUACAACACCAUCACCUCCACCAUGAACGGCUACGGGGCAGCGGGCAUGACCAACCUGGGGGUGCCCGGGUCCCCGAGCUUCCUCAACGGCUCCGCUGCCAGCUCCCCCUACGCAAUCAAACAGAAGAGCGCCUUCGCCCCUGUUGUGCGGCCACAGACCUCCCCGCCCCCCACCUGCACCAGCACCAAUGGGAGCAGCCUACAGGCUAUGGCCGGUCUCAUAGUCCCACCUAUGUGAAAAGGGGUAUCCAUGUAGAUGUUUCUCCACACACCCCGCAUCAGAUUCACCUGCCCUCCAAGUCUUUCAGACAACAUACCCCAAGGCCCAGCAGAAGACCGUCUGUAGGGAAGACCCUGAGGCACACAGUGACCAGCCUUGACUGCCCUGUACGCACUAUACCCUGGGCCUCCUGUGGAUCUUAAUUAGUGCUGUCGAAACGUUGGUGGCCUGACCCAUUGUCCAUAUCUAUAUUCAGAUGUAAUUCUACAUCAGUUAUGAGAAAUUUCCUUAGAAACUGAACAAGUAGGAUAAGAUAGCAACAAAAAAAGAAAAAAAAAAGCACUGUGGGUAUUUGUGAAUAUAUUACAAUUCCUCUUCCAUGUUAAAGUCUCCUCAAGAAGUCCUUCAAUGUAAAAUAAUCUCUUCCCCAUGAAACAGGCUUGGUGAAAUAUUUGAGAUUGUUGAAGUGCUAAAUAUAACAUAUAUAGUCAUAUUGCGUUCUGUAGCUUAUCCCAUUUUUUACUGGACAAUGUCUCAGGCUAGUGAGGUUUAUUUACUGAACUGAAUGUUAUUUUGGAUGAUGGCUCCUCUACAUUUUGCCCUUCAUACUGGCUAUUUCUGUCACUGUGAGUACUUUUAGUAGUCCAGGAAGGUCUGCAUCUUGUUGCUGAAACAUCGUUGACGUGUUCCAGAGAGCUGGCGUGUUUCCCUCUUGGUUUCUGCUGGUUCCCAUACGCUAAGAGAGCACAGGUCCAUUUGCUGGGACAGCAUCAAUUUCCCUCAUCUUUUCCCUUUACGGGUCAUUUGAAUGGUAUGUCACAGUUUGAUAAGGUGCAGUGGGCACCGUCGUGUGCAGUGGUGUUGCCUCUUCCUCCAUUGUAGUACAGGAGGAAUUAACCAGCAAACAGAGAAACACCGUUGUUUUCUUCAGUACGUUCAGAAGACCAGGUGGAGUGUUUGUAGGCUCUUGGUGGUGCAGGAGCGGAAAUCGGUCCGUGUGGCACGCAUUUAGAUUUUCACAGCCUGUUGUUGAACUUGCACAGGUUUCAGCUCCAGUUGUCCAAACUGAAGGAUGCUAGGGCAGCCCCAAGCUUUUGGGACCAACAGAUUAAGCAGGUGAUACAUUUUUUUUCAAACAAAACAUUAUCAGUAGUAUACAGUAAUUCCACAUUUGUGCAUCUGUAGAUUAAAAAGCAGGAGUGCUUGCUACGACUCAAAUCAACUUUAGGUACCGGAAUUAUUGUUCAACUUCUUAUUGUGCUUUUUUGUAUGUAUUUAUAAGGUAUGUUUUGGAAUUUCUUUGGUGACUUAGGCCUGAAUAAUAGUGCAAAAUAUAUAUGUAAACACAUUUGAUGUCUUAAAACCUUUUAGAUAUUGUUAAAAAAGUGAGAAAAAAAAGAACACAUAAAUGAAACAAUGCUUUUGUAAAAAUGAACAAAAAAGUCUUAGACAUGAUCUGAUCAUCCUGUUUUUUAAGCAGGAAUUAAGCUCCAUUACUUUUGUAUAAAAAUGCUUUGCAAUACUAUAUUUAACUUUUUUGUACACAGUCAUUCCACCCAGCACCCCUGCCCCGUUUUUUCCUUUUUCUUGUCCUCUGUGUAUUAUUGUGAAAGAUGUAUACUCAUAGCUAUUUCUCAAUGCACUAUUUUAGUUUGAACACCUGCAAGAGCAAAGCAUUUUAGCAAGCAAAAAGAAAGAAAAAAAAAAACAAAAAAUAAAGAAGUGUAGUACAAAUAUGCGCUGAUAUGUUUUCUACCCUUUUGGAACACUUUUUUUUCUGUCAUUUUAAUUAAAAAGGGAGACUCAACUUUUAUCAUGGAAAUUUCUAUAUUUCUAAACUUAGUACAUUAAAGUUCUUUAUUCUUACAUGGCUCUAUGGCUCUUACAUACUAUCCGUAUUCAUUAAUCAAAUGGUGGUGUUUGGUGAACUUUUUACUUUAACUGUAAUCUGUGAUGAAACUUUAUACAUUGUGUUUGGUGUAUAUAAAUGUAAUGAACAUGCUUGUAUUGAUCAUAACCAAUGAGCUGACUAUUGGUUCAAAACCAGUCCCGAAUCCAAAUCCUUCUUGGAGGGAAUUCUGGGAGAGCCGGGCAAAAGUUGAGUAUCCCUUCAAGCCAGCAAAUCCUUUCCAUUGGUGUAGUUAUUGUUGUUGUUGUUGUUGUCGUUGCACACAAUUCUGUAUCAUUUACUUAUGCAAUUUGUAUUACUGUAAUGCAAGCAACUGUCACUCCACAUUAUUUCUGUGGAAUAGUUGUAAAAUAAAAUAAAAUAACAAUAUAUACAUAUAUAUAAAUUGAUGCCUUACAAUAUAUUAUGUUCCCAUAUAUUGUAUUCCCUCUGUUUUGCAACUUUCAAGAAAUUCAGAAUCAAUAAGUAAGAAAAGUUUUUCCAUACCUUUCAUAUGUGUACCUACAACAAACUAACAAACGUAAAACAGCAAGUCAUAUCUUUGUAGGAGCAGCAGCGAUUAGAAGGGAUCAGUAAUGUAUCAUUUCAGAAGGAUAUUACUCUCUCAAGUCUCUUUGCACAUUACAUAUUGUAUACAUUGUGCACAUGUUUGUGUGUGUGCCAGGCAGGAUUGUAAUUAUAUUGUUUUUUUAAGGUCUUGAUGUUGCGCGACUGGUUGUUAUGUGAAUUAAUUCCCUAAGUGUAAAUUACCUCUGUGUUCCCUCUUAAUGAGAGCAGCAACCAUCCAUUUUAACCUUACGGGGCGACUGUGUGAACAAUAUAGGGCAAAGUUUUCGUUCAUGAGCAAGUACAAAACAAAAGGUGUAAAUCCAUUUUAUGUUGCCACAAAAAAUAAUCUUACGUAAUAGGAUGAAGUGUGCAGGAUCAAGUGGACAGAUUUCAAUGAAAAACUCACAAAAAUUACAAAAUCUGCAUAUUAUUUUAAAAAAUUAUUUGUUGCACCAAUUCCUUUUAUCACUCAAUUUUAUUGAAAAAGGAAUAAAAUGAAAAAUUAAUCCACUGUCAUCCACCAAAAAAUAAAAACGUACAAAUUGCUUACAAAUGCUUUUUGUAUAGGGGUGUCUAGGUGGGGGUGUAUUUUUACAAUUUAAAAUGUACAAUAAAUUGUUUGAUAGCUGCAGGUUUGUACAGUGAAUAGCAAUUAUCAGAAA